CGAUCAUGAAGUAGGAGGAGAGACAUACACACACACGCGCGCGCGCGCACACACACACACACGCGCGCACACACAGCUUCAGUCUCGCAGCUCCGCAUCGCUUCUCUGCUGGAUCCGCUGGACUCAUGAUGAUGAUGAUGAUGAUGAUGAUGAUGAUUCAGGGAUGAAGAGGAUGUUCACGCGCUCCAGAAUCAGUCGCAUGUACCGGAUCGAUGUGUUUGACUGGAUAUGAAGGAUGAAUGUGUUCCGAGAUUUGAGGUGAUUGAGUCAAACUCGCUUCUUCAUCAUGGAUCCGAAUCUUCUCACACUCAUCAAACUUUCUCUGAUCUUCGUGAACGCGCUGAUGGCGAGAGGUUUAUCAGAUUCAGACGCUGACCCGUCCUUCACGCAGCGGCCGCGGCUCCUCCACUGCAAUCAGAGUCUUCUGCUGCUGGAGAUGGAGAGAUGCGGAGAACAAUUCACAGCCGACAUGAAUCACAUUCACCCAGAAGACAGAUGCAACCUCACGCACUUCAUCAGAGAGUAUCACGUCUUCUCCUUCUGCACGGAGAUCAACGCCGAGCGCAUCGGCUGCUUCUGGCCGAACCCGCAGGUGGAGCGCUUCAUCAUCCGCGUCCACCGACACUUCUUCUCCAACUGCACGCUGGAGCGGCUGGUGUUCGCCGACCCGCCGGACGACACGCUCAUCCUCCUCAUCCUCAUCCCCGUCUUCCUCACGCUGGCCAUGGUGGCGCUGGUGGUCUGGUGCAGCAAGCGCAGCGACAUCCUGGCCUAGCGUUCACGCGCGGGGUCAGAGGUCACGGUCAGACGGACGGCUUCGGUUCAGAUCUGCCCUCAGCUGGAUGUUCAUCACUGAUGCUGAAUCGGUUCUGUCAGGAUCUCCGGACGGGCUCGGUGAAUCGUGUCCUGUACAGCUGUUAUUUAAUGUUUUAAUUAAACGAGGUAGAUUUAGAGCAUUUGUCAAACUCACAGCGACGUGUUUGUGGUUCUUAUGGAGUCUGUCAGUUUGAGCGUUCAUUAUCAUUUCGACACACAGCGCUGGUUCAUUUAUCCAGUGAUUGUGAGCUCGUAUUUUCUUCUCCGACUUGCGGGAAAAUCCUGCAUCCAUUACUGAGAUGAUGAACACGUUCCUGCCAAACGAAACGACUGUUCUGAUGGGAUGAAAACAGACCUGAGCAGAAGCGUACGAGAGCGCAGCCAAUAACGCUUGUUUCAGGACGGCGGUAUUAUUUAUAUGAGGAGGAAAGCCGUGUAUUGUGUGCGACUUAAGGAUACAAACAAAAGACAAUAGUUGCUCUCAAGCGUCUGGCCUCGUAUUCUGAAGAACGGCCGCGCAGAGCCAGCGCCGCAGGAAGGAAAUAAAAGUCUUUCCCAUCGUGGCGAUGAAUGAGAGGAAAUGGGCUGGUUAUGAUUUCACCAAAAGAGCAGAGUUAUAAAGCAGUGUUAUGACGGGCUUCAUCGGUGUUUCUCCUCUUCAUCAUCGUCAUCACGUGCAGGACGGCAGACACUCACACACUCGGGCCUAAAUUUAAGAUUUAUGUGUUUGAAAUCCAUUUGGAUCACACAGUUACAGACUAAUAAACUCAGUGUGAGGCAUAUCUGUCAGUCGUUCAUAAAUGAAAUCAGUUUAUUAUUAACUAUAUUUGCAUCUAUUAGGUUUUAUUUAAAUAAUCAUAUUUUCAAAAUGCAUUUAAUCAAAUUGCCCAGGAUCAACACAAAUAUGUUUAUUAUGAAAAUGUAUUCAGUUCAAAAGUAUGAACGUGAUUGAAAUCUGAUGAGCUGUGGAACAAGCAAUAUUCAAUUAGUUCAAACUAAUGAGACUGAAACGAACUGAGAAAUGACUGACAAAUAUGAUCUGUAUCCAAAACAUGUACGACUUCAUUUCUUUGUGUAACACAGAAGAAGAUAUUUUGAAGAUGUUGGUGAACAUUGACUUUCACUGGAAAAAUAAUAACUGUCUCCUCUCUUUACAGCAGAAUUGAGCUCAUUGAAUCAUUAUUUUCCUGUUUAUCCCUGUAAAGCUGCUUUUAAACAAACUCUACUGUAGAAAUAAACUGAAAACACUGAGACAUUUCUCAAAAUAUCUUCUUCGGCAGAAUUCGUUAUUCAUGUUUGGGACGACAUGACGGAAAGAUCAUUUUUGGGUGAACUAACCCUUUAUUAGUUUAUGUUAAAACCAUUUAAUCCAAAAGCAUGUAAUUUUACAUACAUAAAUCUUAAAUUUAUUUUCCAUGUGUUUUGACGGUUGUUUCUCUGUGUGUAUUAUCGGAGCCAGAAGAGUCGAUUCGGAGUGUUUUUAGAGCCGAACGCCUCCAGCACUUCCUGUUUACUCUAGAAAUCCCAAACUACUAAGUGCAAGUUCACAGAGGCACAACGGAGCUAAUUUUAACACAUUUCCGCCACUCGAGCCUUUCUUCCAUGAGUCCUGCUGCGGACAUGAUGCUGAAAUCAUGACUGAUCCCAGAUCAGAUCCUCACAUCCAUCACUGCCAUAAAACACACUGUUCAGCAGAAGACUUUCUGUUUUCACAUUAGAUAAUAAAUUAUCUGAUUUAUUCUG